UCGAUGAAACCAGACAAAAAAUGAUUCGAUCCAAACUCUGACUUGGUCCAAAUGUCAUAUCUACUCGUGUCCAGAGAGAGAACGUUUUUUCAUUCGGCUUCACAUGUUAUGCAUUUGCCUUUUGUAACAGUUUUCUAGGGGUUGGGCUGCUCUUGUUUCAUGGACAAACCUUAAGCUGCAAGUUAUGAGCAGAAUCUGAGGAACCGUUCUACUCAUAUAUCUUUGGACUCUUUCCAUCAUUUCCCUACAUGAUUACAGGGUAGAUUCAGUGAUAUAAUUACAAGGAGCUAUGUCAAGUGGGGGACCAGGAAAGAGAAGCAAGAACAUAGCAUCGAAGCCCAAGGCUGUGUCAUUGCAAGAGAAGAAAGAAAUGGUAGAUGAAGAAGAAGAAGCUUUGGUCAGAGACAUAGAUGAUCUCAGGAAAUGGACUGAUACGGUAGAUGCCAUGAAUGAUGAGCAGUUAAAGGAAUACCUUAAAAGGAGACCAGAAGAAUUGAAGACUGUGAAGAUCCAGAAGAGCAAGCCAAAGCAAAAAGUCCAAAAGGUUGUGAAGCCAAAACCUUCAACAUGUAGUGGAAUCAUGGCCUCUGUAUGGAAGUUCCAUAAGGAAGAUGAUGAUGAUAAAGAAUUGCCUGCAAGAUCUGAUGCACGAUAUAAUUUGUUAACAAAGGCUUCAGGCUUACUCUUCCCUGUUGCUGAGCAAAAUGAACCUCUCUAGUUCCUACUGUUGCAGCUCUUGUCAUCCUCAUAUUCAACUUCAUUGGUAUACAAAAAUUGAUAGAAAAUGAAAGUAAAAGAUCAAAAACAAGAAAAUGUGAAGCAACUAGAACAAUAUAAUUGGUUUACAUUUCUUUGUC